AUGAGGCCCCUUACCUUCGAGAAUCUGAGAAGGCUCGUGAGCCGCAAGAAGGACCGCAAUGAGCCCUCCUUCAAGCGCAGCGAGUCCUUCAAGAGAAUUUCUAUUAGGAAAAGUUAUCUAGAUCGAGGCAAACGACGGAAUCGUCUCCAGAAAAAUUUAGAGCCCGUCGUUAAUACUCCUCCUCCGCAACCAACGGCGAAUGAUAAAAUUGUUUCUCAACAAAUUAAAGAGCAAGAAUUCAAGAAGGAUCGCUCCCUUAGUCGCGACUCCAUCACUUAUGACGAGUGGCUUCAAGGAGUCAGCUCCUCUUCCCGCGAGAAGCUUCACGAGGAUAAUUUCGAAUCUCUUCAACAUUCUAAGAUCAAGGCCACAAAACUUGUUAAACAUACUGACACGGAUUCUGUUGUCGAGGAUCUGAAAAUUCUUGAGCUCGAUGCUUCGCCUAUUUUAACGUCCAAAUCUAAAUCAUUUGGGAUUGUUACGGACGAGACGACCAAUGGGCAUGAUACUCUUUGGAAUCAAGACUCCUCUGUAGAAGGAUCGCUCAGUGUCAGCAUCAGUCUCGGCCGGAUAUGGAGGGAUGCAGUGCCAGUUCCGGUUUCGGUUCCAAUAUCGGUUCAUUCCUCUGUCUCGAAUUCUUCGAUUCAUCAUUCUCUGGACAGCGCUUUAAAGGAGAAAAAACCGCAACCAACUGUCGCGAGAACGGUUUCGGCGCCAGAGAAGCCCGUCAGCAAGGAGACGUCAUCGUCAUCCUUUGGCUUCUCUCUUAAGAUUACCAGAUUCGCCGAUUUUAGACCAGGGGUAACGCGAAACGGUCUCUUUCGUCGGAAGACACCAAAGCCAUCCCCAAGCGUGAGCACGGAGGGCUACUUCAAACGAACGAGUGCGUCUAGACAUUCCAGUUCUCGUCGCCAAAGUGGUAAGAGGACUUCUCAACGCGCUAGCAAGAAGAACCAACAACCUGCGGCUCGCACAAGCAGUCCGGUAUGGUUUGUCCCGCCCGAGAGACGUCGUUCGAGGCGUCAGCGACGAGUUUGGCGGGAGAUCAGAUACUUCCCUGAUGAUGAAGGUUCAAUUCUGGAGAGGCUUAACGACUGGUCGUCGAACGUGUCAGAUGACCAGUUCGACGAUCAGAAGCUACUGCUGUCAGGUGAUUUCAAUGAGCGUCGGGAAGAUGACGCCUUGAAUUCGAUUAUUUCGUCAUCCUUGGGUUCUUUCUCGGCGACAUCAUCCUCAUCAUCAGCUUGUCCAGUUCCAAAAAUCAGCGACUUUAACGAAGAUAAGCUAUUCUCAGAAGAGCUGAGGACCAACGGUCUUCUGUUACGCGGGACCACUUGGAAGCUCUCAACGACAACGACGACUACGGCGACAGCAACAACGACGAUAAUGUCGACAGCGACGCCGACGAGAACGAUUCUUUCGGGAAAUUAUUUUGCCAGCAGUCAAUUUCUCACCUUUCUAGCCAAGGACGUUGUCAAGGAAAGAUCGAAAAAUGAAAGCUGUAACUACCGAUGUCUCUCAUCAACUGACAGCGAGGACGAUGAUGUUGAUCGUUUCAAUGAGCGCAGAAAAAACCUUCCGCAGCAACGACAACAGUAUUUAAAAAGGCAAAAAUCAGGACUUAAGAGGAGACCUUUGCGCCGGAAGUCGCAAUUGAGAAGAGCGUCCGGUCAACCGGUAUUCCUCGUGCGCAAGUGCUCGUCCUUGAGGAAACGUCCUAGAGAUAUUACGCAGAAGGGUUAUGAAAAGAAACGGACGCGUCUACUUCAGCCAUACGCCUCGAAGCAGAUAGGGGCUGGAAAUGGUGGUAUCGGUGGUGGUGGUGGUGGCGGCGGCGACGGCGGCGGCAGCGGAGGCGUCGUUGGUAGAGGGAUGGAGAGAACGGGUUACGGAAGCGGAGGAGGUGGCGGUGAAGGUGCAGGAGGAGAAGGAGGAGGAGGAGGAGGAGGCGGCUAUGGUGGCGGCGGUCGACCGCAGCCACGUGCACGGCGCACGCAACGGCGCGUCACGCACAACGAGAAGCGCUAUCACUCAGGCGGUCGACUAGCGCCUGGAGGAAUCGCCAGUCCUCCGGGUUCUGGCGGCUCCACAGGGAACACCGGGAACUCGAACUCGGCUGCUGCGGCGGCGGCAGCGGCAGCGGCGGCGGCAGCUAGACGCGGUAAUCGCAGACUCACACGCAAUGAGAGCCGUUACCAUUCCGAGGUGCGUCAGGAGGCGGUGCAACAGGCCUUGGCGGCGAUGCAGGGACGGCCGAAGCCAUCCUUGCCGAUGCCAUCCAAGAGAACCUCCGUGAUGGCCAGGAGUCCAGAUCGGGAGAGACGCGACAGCGGGGAGUCCAGCAGCGACGAGGACAGCGUCGUCACCGAGGAGAGUCCAAGCGCGGGUGGCCCAACCGGCACUGGUCUUUCGGACACCAGCAGUACCGGUUCCGCUCGUGACACUCCACCACCACCCAGGCCGCCAGCCAGGAGGCCGCCCGGUGCCGACAUCACCGACAUCGCCGAGUACACGCCGCACGCCUAUUGCAAUAUCCAACCGCCGGACGUUACCCAUGUGACGAGCAGUACCCCAGUUGGGCAGCAACAAUCAGCGACGCGGCGACCGGGCGCCGAUCGUGUAAACCGUUACGCACAUGUGGUCGAGGAUCAGAAUAAUACUGGUACCACCGGUCGCUGGAAAGUCUCCGCAAAGAUCCAGCAGCUAUUGAACACGCUGAAACGGCCGAAACGUCGACCGCUACCAGAGUUCUAUGAGGACGACGACAUCGAGUUGGAGAUUGCAGCAAAUCCAAAAGAUCCCAAUGCUCCCAAACCCGAAGGUGGUUCUAUGACAUCAGCGGUGGGCGAAACAUUGUCGGUGCCAUCGGGCUUGCCACGAUCUCUCGAAGCCGCCAUUCAAAGGUAUGGCUCGGCAACGUACAAAGCACCCGUUGCUACCGUCCUGGAUCCUAAUGGCAAGCUUUGCGUAACGCUCACAUACGGAAAACUGCUCAGUCGCUCUCACAAGAUUGCCUAUACUCUUCUGAAUAAGGCUCUAAGUCGCGGCGGGGAUUGCUGCCUGAAACCUGGCGACAGAAUCGCCCUGGUUUACCCGAACAACGAUCCGAUCAGCUUCAUGUGCGCUUUUUAUGGCUGUCUUCAAGCCGGCAUCGUGCCGGUGCCCAUCGAAGUACCUCUGACCCGUCGUGACGCGGGUUCCCAACAGAUCGGAUUUCUCUUGGGAAGCUGUGGAAUUCAGGUGGCACUGACUAGCGAAGCGUGUCUGAAAGGUCUGCCAAAAACAGCGGCUGGUGAAGUGGUAGCUUUUAAGGGCUGGCCGAAACUGCACUGGUUCGUUACUGAACAUUUAGGCAAAACGCCCAAGGACUGGUUAGCGCCGCCACGGCUCACCGAUGACACGCCCGCGUAUAUCGAAUACACUACUGACAAGGACGGCUCCGUGAUGGGCGUGACCAUUACUAGGGCGGCGAUGAUGGUUCACUGUCGUGCUCUUACGCAAGCCUGCGGCUACACCGAAGGCGAGAAUGCCGUCUGCGUACUGGAUUUUAAACGGGAAGUCGGCCUCUGGCAUAGCACCUUGACUAGCGUGCUAAACGGCAUGCAUGUCAUUUUUAUCCCUUAUGCUCUGAUGAAGGUCAAUCCUGCCAGCUGGAUGCAGAUGAUAACGAAGCAUCGAGCUAGUGUCGCGGUGGUAAAAUCGCGAGAUCUUCACUGGGGUUUGUUAGCCACUAAGGAUCACAAGGAUGUCUCUCUGGCGUCAUUGAGGUUGCUACUUGUUGCGGACGGCGCAAAUCCCUGGUCUCUCUCAUCCUGCGAUCAGUUCCUCUCAGUGUUCCAGUCCAAAGGACUUAGGCCGGACGCUGUUUGUCCGUGCGCUUCCUCGAGCGAGGCUCUUACAGUUUCCGUGAGAAGGCCAGGACGCGCAGGAGUGAAUGCGACUGGUCGUGGAGUCCUCUCUAUGUCCGGCCUGAGUUACGGAGUUGUUAGAGUAGAUCAAGAGAACUCUCUUACGUCAUUGACGUUGCAGGAUUGCGGACAAGUCAUGCCUGGAAGUAUAGUAGUUGUUAUUAAGAUGGAGGGGCAGCCAUUUAUUUGUAAAACUGACGAAGUGGGUGAAAUUUGCGUGCACAGUGCGGCAACCGGUAGUCAAUAUUGGGGCUUACAAGGACUUACCAACAAUACCUUCAAGGUAUCGCCCUUACAGGUCGACGGUGCCGCUUUAGGUGAUGUAGAAUACACACGCUCAGGCUUGUUGGGUUUUCUUGGUCCUGGAGGACUUGUGUUUGUCUGCGGAUCGCGGGACGGUCUCAUGACGGUGACUGGCAGGAAACAUAAUGCCGACGACAUUAUCGCCACUGUGCUGGCGGUCGAACCGAUGAAAUUUAUUUACCGUGGUAGAAUCGCCGUUUUUAGCGUGAAAGUUCUUAGAGACGAAAGGAUAUGCGUCGUUGCUGAACAACGACCUGAUUGCAGUGAGGAAGAGAGCUUUCAGUGGAUGUCUCGAGUGCUGCAAGCGGUUGAUUCGAUCCAUGCGGUAGGAAUAUAUUGUCUUGCCUUGGUACCACCCAACUAUCUGCCCAAAACGCCACUUGGCGGCAUUCAUCUAUCGGAAACGAAGCGCCGCUUCCUUGAAGGUGCCCUUCAUCCUGCUAAUGUGCUCCUCUGUCCUCACACAUGUGUCACCAAUUUGCCAAAACCGCGCGAAAUCCAUUCAGCGGGGGAUUCUGUUGCAGAUGUCGGUCCGGCCAGCGUUAUGGUAGGGAACAUUGUCCAGGGUAACCGAUUGGCUUCCGCGCAGGGACGGGAUAUGGGUGUCCUAGACGAGGAUAGUGAUAAUGCCAAAAAGUAUCAAUUUAUCUCCGAAAUUCUACGAUGGCGCGCUGUCAGCACUUCGGACCAUGUGAUAUUUACAUCGUUGAAUGCAAAGGGCACCGUGACUACCUCAUUGUCUUGCUCGCAGUUGCACAAAAAGGCUGAGAGGAUCGGGAAUUUGCUCUUGGAUCGAGGAAGGGUCAACACUGGGGACCACGUAGCACUUAUUUUCCCACCCGGUACCGAUCUGAUAUGCGCGUUUUAUGGUUGUUUAUACGUUGGUGCCGUGCCGGUGACUAUUAGGCCACCUCACCCACAAAAUCUCCAAACGACCCUACCGACCGUUCGCAUGAUCGUGGACGUCAGCAAAUCCGUCCUCGUGUUGACUAACCAGAACCUCCUUAAGUUGUUGAAGACAAAGGAAGCAAACAACGUGGUCGACGUGAAAAGUUGGCCGAUGAUCCUAGAUAUGGACGACAUGCCAAAGAAGAAGCUACCAGUGAUGUAUCGGGCACCCACCGCGGAGAUGCUGGCCUAUCUGGACUUCAGUGUCUCGACAACGGGCAUGCUCGCGGGCAUCAAAAUGUCUCACGCGGCAGUCACUUCGUUGUGUCGUGCCAUGAAGUUGGCGUGCGAGCUUUAUCCCUCUAGACACAUUGCCCUCUGUCUGGACCCGUACUCGGGCCUUGGUUUUGCCUUAUGGUGUCUCAGUAGUAUAUACAGUGGACAUCAUUCUAUAUUGAUACCACCGUCCGAGGUGGAAGCCAAUCCUGCGCUUUGGUUAUCGGCGGUCAGCCAGUCUAGAGUGAGAGACACGUUCUGCUCAUACGGUGUUAUGGAAUUGUGCACUAAAGGACUCGGAUCUUCAGUUCAUGCGCUCAAAGCGCGCGGCGUCAGUCUAGCGUGUGUGAGAACAUGCGUCGUCGUCGCCGAGGAGAGGCCACGAAUAGCAUUAACGUCGAGUUUUAGCAAGUUGUUCUCUGCACUUGGUCUAAGUCCGCGCGCAGUCUCCACCUCUUUCGGCUGCAGAGUAAACACUGCCAUUUGCUUGCAGGGAGCAUCCAGUCCGGAGCCUUCGACAGUUUACGUGGAUCUUCGUGCAUUACGCAACGAUCGAGUUUCUCUAGUAGAACGAGGUAGUCCGCAUUCUCUGUGCCUGAUGGAAUCGGGAAAGCUGUUGCCCGGUGUGAAAGUAAUCAUCGCCAAUCCCGAGACCAAGGGUCAAUGCGGAGACUCGCACCUAGGUGAGAUCUGGGUGCAGUCCUCACAUAACGCGAGCGGUUACUUUACUAUCUAUGGCGACGAGAGCGAUUACGCUGAUCACUUCAAUGCGCGACUGGUUACUGGUAACACAAGCGAGGUUUAUGCGCGGACUGGCUAUCUUGGCUUUCUAAGAAGGACCGAGAGCGUUCAGCAGUCGGUAAUCAGCGAUGUGCCCGGUGAUACUAAUAAUGCGCCCGAGGCCGAUCUCGUACCGAGCGAUCCGGAGCUUCAUGACGCCGUCUUUGUUGUCGGUGCCCUUGAUGAAGCCAUUCUACUGCGAGGUAUGCGCUACCAUCCGAUAGACAUCGAAAACAGUGUCAUGCGGUGUCAUAAGAAAAUCGCAGAAUGCGCUGUGUUCACAUGGACCAACCUUCUAGUGGUAGUGGUAGAAUUGGACGGUAGCGAGAGCGAGGCACUCGAUCUCGUAGCUUUGGUGACGAGCGCUGUGCUCGAGGAACAUCAUUUGGUGGUCGGCGUGGUAGUCGUAGUGGACCCCGGUGUGGUACCCAUUAAUUCGCGUGGUGAGAAGCAACGAAUGCAUCUACGCGACGGCUUUCUUGCGGAUCAGCUCGAUCCUAUUUACGUGGCGUACAAUAUGUGAACGCGUACGGAUGUGCGAGAAAAAAUUGUCACCUUCUCCGUAUUCCGCCCUCCUCCUCGCCGACAAUUCUUAUCCGAUGUAUUAAAGCAGUGGAACUUCAUUCGCGAAGACAGUUUGCUCCAAAUAACGAUGAUUUUAACAAGAUAUUAUAGCUUUUUUCUACUUUAUUUUAGAGUUCGGCAUGUGUUUCACAUUCUGAUCGAUUUUUAGCUUGCUUUUGAUUUUGCUUGACUUUGCAAAAUCUUGAUAUAAAUUUUGUUUGCAAGAAGGAUACAAAUUUAUAAAAUUUGAUUCAUCAGAAACGUUAACAAAAUGCUAGAAAUAUAUAACGAAAUUUGCUGACAUACGCUGUUUUCUAGUUAAGAUACAUCAAAGUCACACUGUGUUCUGUUGUGUAAGGUUUUUGUUGGAACACAAUUAGAACUCUAGACUUAAUUUAGGGUACACUAAUGACUGAACAAUAAUCUUUUUAUAUACAACUUCGAAUAUGUUCAUAUUAUAAAUGAACGUAAUUAGCGCAUGUUAAACAUAAAAUAUUUUGAAAGUUAAUAACACUGACAUAUUUUACAUACUUUUUUACAGUAUCGAGCAAUGUAAUACUGUUAACCGACAGGGUUUCCGGAUGGAUGCCACGUGCGUGUUGGGCACUUUGCUCAAUGUAAUACUGUGUCAUAGUUGGACAUAGUGUUACACUAUUUUAUUUGUGUAUCUUGUUAGAAAACAGUCAUUUUUACAGCAACUUAUGGGAAAAUGGGUAUUUUUACUAUCAGAGAGCAGAUUAAUGGCAAAAAUUGAGCCAAAUUUACGCAAUGUAAUUUGAUAAGAAUGGCAACAGAAACUGAGCAAAUAUAUCUAGUGCAGUGUUUUUGUCAGAUUGUUGUUAACAACGGAGCAUUACACAGUUUAAUAAAAAAAUGACUUUUUGAACUUCAGAAUAAAACUAUUUUUUCUUAUAGUUUUUUUAUGCUAAAUAUGAAUUUCCAAAUUAUUUCAUCAUAUCAUAAUUUUGAGAAAUUUACAAUUAAAUUUGCAAAGGCUAGUUUUUUUUUAUACUCUUUUUUCUUAUACUUAAACUAUAUAAGUACGAUAUGUAACGAGUUAAAGAAGUUUGUGAUGAUCGUGGCGUAAGAGUUGCGCAUCUGCUCUCUAUCGAAGGUUCACGUUCAAAUUUAUCUAGAGAACAAUAUUGGAUUUUUAAUUGGUCACUAUCUUUCAAAAGGCAAUAACAAAGUGCCGAAAAUUUUUUGCCAAGACAGUCAUAUAGAUAAUGGUAAUCGAAACAUGUCAUGUUUUUGUAUUGUUUAUGUGUGUGCUUAGUGCAAAACAGGAUUGUGUAACGCUAUGCAACGUUUGCCCAUUAAUUGUCAGAUAGCGUUGCGCAGAUUUUAUUCAGUUUUUGUCGCUAAUUUGUUGUCAGAUAAUACUAUGUAAAGUUUUUUGAUUUUUAUUGCCAAUUUACUGUUAGAUUCUGUACGCAGACUUUGCCAACAAAACUCGAGCUUAUUGCUAACACAAAUGGCACAGAUUUGUUUGCAAAACUCUUUGAACGAGUUUGAUACAAACUUGGUGAUAAUUUGCUAUCAAUUUGUUUACUGGAAAGUAUCUCGGUGAAAAAAAUCGUAGAGAAAUUUUCACAAAUACAUUUUAAAGUAGAAAGAUAGGGUUUUGAAUCUAUCUUUUAGUUUUGUUUUUACGAUAUUUUGUUUCUUAAUAAAUUACAUAAAGUUAAAAAUUGAUUUAUUCAAUUAUUGUUAUUGUGCUGUCGUAGUUUGAUAGAACAUCAGACAAAAAUUAGCAAAAGUUAUUUUAAAAUAGGCUUUCUAAGCUUUAAAAUGAUUUUUUUAAUUGGUGGUGCGAUGAUUUUUUGUAACAGUAUCAGAUUUAUGUAAAAAUUAAUUUCUAAUAAAUGUUUUUUUUUAAUUUUGAUAUAAAAAGUUUAGAUAAAAACGGAAAAUAAAAAAGAGAAACAAAAUAUUAUAAUCUGUUUUGUUUGAAUAAAUUUUUUCAAAAUUUGUUAGAUUUUUUAAUCCGUUUUAAUUGCUUAUCUACGCACAAGAUUCGUUAUUGGGGCAAACGAAUAAAAAAUUGAAGUUGUAAAGUAAGUAAAUAUUGUGAUUAAUGGAGUUCUACUGCAUGCGUUAAGGAAUGUUAAUGCAUUCCAGCAAGUAUUGACAAAAGGUAUGUAUGUGCAAAGUCUAAACACUUUUAAAAUCCGACUGCCACAAAUUCUUGGAACUCAUUAAAUUGAAAAAUCAGUAUUACUUUACGUAUAUUAUAUAUAAUAAAAAUGAUCGAUGACAAAUCAUACGGUCGAUGUUAAAUAGUAGAAUCGGUAAAUAUAAAUUCUUAUCAGCGCUUCGAUAUCCGGCAACAUUUUAUCGUUCGAAAUAUUCAUCCCCUGCAUCCUCCGACUAUUAACAGUUUUGUAAUUCAUUUUUACAAUAUUGAAACCGCACAGUGAUGAUAUUUAAUCUCGGCAUUCGAUCCUUGCAUAUCUGCGAACUGACGGAUGCGUGAAAAUUUUUCGUCCUAUCAGACGACAGGCACAAAAUCGCAGUUUUGUACAUUUCGAGUCAAAGUCUUUGUACGUUGUAUAAUAGCGUGCGCAAAAGAGAAAAGCAAAAUCCUGAUGUAUUUCUACAUUAGUUACAAUUUCGCUGCGAAAAACAGCCCCUCUCGUCGACGAGAACAACGAAGGAUUUCGUCACGAGGAUUUUCGACAAUAUUCGUUUACAAUCGUUUUUUAUGAUUGUUGUACGUGUUUUUAGAUUGAGUAGCAAUCGAAUUUAAUGAUCAUUCGGAAUCUGGUCGGUCGGAUAUUUAAUUCCCCUAAUCUCGUCCGCACAAACGAAUAUAUAAUUAUGGAACUAGCUCAAACUCGUGUAUAAAAACGUAGAUAUUUUGCGUGUAAUGUCGACUUUAGGGCUGUUACUUAUCUUCCCUUCAUUUUAGUCGUACAUACGCGUAUGUCAGAAAAUCGGAAUCAAUCGGAUUGCAUGGCCUAUAUUUACAAUUAGACACAAAGAUAAGAUUAGAGAAGUCUUUUUUGUAAAAAGGAAGAUAAAAAUCUAAAUGGGAAAAUUUAACGCGAGAAAAACUCGAUAUUAGCAUUUUGUACAAAAUACAUUCAAACAAUUUUAUAUGCAAACUGAUCGAACUUUUGCAGUAAUGCAUGAUUAGUGUAAAGGAGGAUCUCUCUCUCUCUCUCUCUUUUUUCUUUCUUUUUAACAGACUUUAUUUAUAAAAGUGAAACGUAAAGCCCGGAAGUCGAUCGCGAUUGAUUUCUCUUACAACUUUUUUUUUCACUCACGGAUCUUUUCUACAGAUAUGUACAGUUGUUGAUAGCUCUUUAAUUUAAAUCUUUUUAAAUGUAUGACAACAUAUAUGGCAUAUGACUCGUGAUCAUUAUGAAAAAUCGCGAUUAUAAUAAUUACAUGUGUAUUUAUGUCGCGCGCAGAAGACUGGCAGUAAUUGCGAAUAUUACCUCAUUGGAGAAACAUAAUUUUUUUUAAUUACCGCUUUUUUUAUACAAGUUUCUGUCUUUAUUGAUAAUCAUGUUGCCUAUUGCACUUUUUCUUUUCAAUUGUUAACUUAAUCGAAUUUAAGAAGUCUCCUCCAGUCUUUUCAUAUAAAAACUUGAUCAAAUUUUGAGAAUAAGUUUAUGAUGAACAUACAGCAUAUUCAAAAUUUUUCAAAUUUUUUACCUGUAUAGUUUUUCAAAAUAAUGUUCUAAAUAAGUUUUAUGGAUAUUCAUAUUGACUUUAUGGAUCAUUAUUACAAAGAUUUUUUUUUUUAACACAUUUAAAUUGAGAAAAUGGCUAAUCGGUCAAAAGCGAAUUUUAAUGUUCAAUAAUUUUUUCUUAUUUUUUUUACAUCAAUAUUUCUCAAUAUUAUAAAGAAAAUAUUUUUAAAUAACAAAUUAUCGUUAUUUAAAUUGAUUUCAUUACUUAUUUUGAAGAUGGUAAAAGCUUCUAUGUUAAAAUAUAUAUUUUAAUAAAGUUGUUUUUCCUUUUUUUUAUGCUGGAAAAUCUUCUUAAUUUACGAAGGAAAUAAGAUUUGAAACAAAAAGUUUAAUUCUGCCUUAGUUAACAUAGCGUAUAACGUAUUUAAAUUCGACACCUUCAUGUGUCGUGAGCUAUUUACGACACUUACGCGAAAAUGCGACCGAGCGUCUACUAGCAAUUGCAAGUAUCGGCGACAGUUUCGUCGUUAUUUUUCAGUGCAAUAUACACACGUGGCUUCAUAAGCACCUGCAUAUGACGAUUGACUAAUCGUGCCCAGACUCUUGACGGCUAUACACAAGCGGCUUUUUGUAAAUACGUAAUGUGAGAAAGAGAUGUCUCUCCUCCCACAUGCUUCCCCUAUUUUGCAUUCGUUCACGUUUUCUUUCUUACGUACUCUUUCGUUUAUUUUUAUUUCCUGUCUUCUUCGUUGUUAAGCUUUCGUGCCAUGUUACUCUGCGUUACUUGUGCACUUUUACGCACGGAAAAAAUACACGCUCGUAAAUAGCCGUAUUGCACAGGCUCGAUUGCACUAAUAGUUCCAGUUAAUUGUCCAUUAAAAUUUUUACCAUUUCGUUGCUUCUUUUAAGUCCUAAUUUAUUAUAAUAUAACUAUUAUCAUUAUAAUUAUCAUUAUAAUCAUAAUCAUAAUGUAAACAGAGAAAAAUACAAUUUAAUAGCACAAAUAUUUAUCUUAGCUAUUUACUCAUAAUUGAUCUCAUCUUGUUCUUGAUUGUAUCUGCAAUUUUUGACGUACCUACUGUACAGAUGGAUUCCUCUUUAAGAGAAAUUAGAAAUUUGUAUUUUUAGCAAGUUUUCUAAAACAAAUUAAUUAUGUAUGGUUAAUAGUAUUGGUGCAAUUGUGCUUAAAUAACAACGCAAUGUUUUAACCGAAUAACGAUUAACUGAAAACAAUCACACAUUUUGUUCUUAUUUACUUAGGUACGAAUUUUAUAGUCUCUCCCUUACUAUAGAUUUUAAUUCAAUCAUAAAUUUCAAAUUUUACGACGCAGAUGCAUUAUAAUAUUGUCUCGAAAUUCAGAGUUUAACUUUUUCAAGCGGAAAACACUUCUCCUGAAAAAAAGUUUAUACAUUGAGAAGAAAAAGUUAUCAAUUUGACUAAAAUUGUCAAUUUGAUUUAAAUAUAUAAUUUAACUGAAGAAAUUUUAUCAAAGUUGACAAAUUUAGCCAAGUUGACAACUUUUUCUUCUUAUUAUUAGUAUAUGUGACGUUUAUAUAAUUAUAUGGAAUAUUAAUCGUGGAGAAAGAGUCAAACUAAUGCAAAUAUUUUCUCUAGGGCAGUCGACGAUCCUUAGCAAAGAUCUGGAUUUUGAGAUAUUUUGUAUCGAGCUUGUAAUAAGAUCAAUCAAUUUCUCUCUUUCCGUGCGUGGAAGAAAUUAUGAUACGCAGAUACCUCCCGAAGAAAAAUUGGAAUGUGCAAUGAAUGACUUUUUACAUUAAAUGAGACCAGGUGUUAUUAGUUAUUAUAGCUGUAAUAAUGUCGAUUGUAACAAAUCGUUGACUUAAUGGAUUUGUGGUUACAGAUAUAAUCACGCUUAACAUUUAACUCUUUCGCACGCGCGAUUAUAUAUGUGAAUGUUUUAUAAGAACUUUGCAAGCAUGUCUUUUAAAACUAUAGAGAGAAAACUAUAGUAAACACAAUCGUAGGCUGUUAAAAGGCGAAAGGGUUAAGCGGAGCAUUGAUGUAACGUAUUGGAUCCUCACGGAUUCUUAUAAAGUCUCCUUGCGUACUAUUCUCAUAAACAUUGUAUCAAAGCAUCUGCAUGUGCAAUUGAUUCAUUAGCGCCCAAAAUCUUUUUCACUUAAAAUUUUGUAGUAAUUAAUAACUUGAUUCGAAAGAUGAAAAGAUCCCUGAUGAAAAAAAUUCUCAUAAUCUCUCAUAAUAUUUUUAGGAAUUCUUUAUGUUUUAAAUUUACGAAGAUUUUUUUUUUUAAUGUAUCGUGAAAGUAUCUUUUCAGAUUUCAUAAGUUUUCUCUCGAAAUCGUAGAAUAAGAAAUCUUAAAAUAUUUCAGAAUUCACCUAUACAUUUUUUUCUUAGUGUACAAAGAAUUCUAGAAAAUAUGUCGACUUUUUUAAUACUUUUGAAAAUUAUUCCCAUUUGUAUAAAAAAAAAUACGAGAAAUUUUCUAAAAUGUUGUAAAAUUAUACACGAAUUUUGAAAAAAAUCUGAACAAUUAUAUAACCAUAAUUCUUAAAGCAAAAUUUUUAGAAAAAUGAAAAUAGAAGAAUCGAGAAACGAGGAACGUUUAACAAACCGUUGGGCGUUAACGGAUUGAUCUUAUGUUUUGUAUAAGAUUGUCGGAAAUGUUAUUUCUGUCAAGUACCUUUAAUUUUAGGAGGAAUACCCUUAGUCGCGCUCAAAACUAUAAGGUAAUUUUGAAUCUGGGUCAAGAUAAAGUAUACACGAUGCGAUAUAUAAAUAACCAUUUAUACUAUGAUGCAUACAGAUAAUCGACCGCAAUUAAUCACUAUACAAUCACUAUGCAACUUGGAAAAGAGUUUUAUAUUAAAAUUUUACGUGCCACUAUAUAAUACCAAUAACAAUUUCGGUUGAUUUUAUACGUAAUCGCUAUGUUCUCAUAUCGGACGAGCAUGACCGAUGAGCACCAGAUGAGCUAGAGAACUCCUCAAUUAAAGGGUCCUCGCGUAAUCCUACUAGUGCAGAUUGGAAUACAUGCGCGAAUGCGUGGCGUACGUGCGAGUGUGCGUGUGAGAAACGUGGUUGUACUAUGUAUAAAUGUCGAUAAUUAGUUAAUAGGAUUGUAGCAUAGCGUGUCGAAGUGCGUCGCGACGUUGAAAAGGUCGAGAGUCGAAGAAAAAGAGGAUCUGCAGUUGCACGUAGGACGCGGGAUCCGCGGUCAGUCCCCUGAACUAAGCUCCAAUCUUAGAAAUCGAAUCUACCUGGAGCCAAUCUGUGAAUCGGAACCUAGGCCAGCACGAGUGGUCUAAGGCUGUGUAUAUAAAAUAACGCCCUGCGUUAGAAUUUAUUAAGGUAUAGUUUGUACGUUGAACUAUAUAUAUAUUAUAUACAUAUUAUAUAUAUUAUUAUAUUAUUAUUAUCAUCACGAAUAAUAUAAUGGUCACUGUCUUUACCAAGCCGAUAGUAUCAUCAUGCCUCAUGUAUCACAUUAAACGGACAUAUUAAUA